CGACUCGUGGGCGACAGCAGUCGUCUCGCAGCAUCCACCGAGAGAGCAUUUGCACCAGACCCGCGUCAAGACGUUCGCGCCGAAACAACACUCGGCAGUGUUCGUCUUGCGACACAUCACGUUCAGAAAAUAUUGAACUGUAAUUGUUGAAUGAAUCUGCAUAAGUUGAAUAAUAACGAAUCAAUCAUUCGGCAGCAGCGGCGGUGGCGGUGGAAAGUUGCAGAAGAGGUUUCCAAAAGUUACGUGCUCGUGGUCAUUCUCUGGAAAUCAAUAAUGCCUGUCGGCGGAAGGGUAGCCGGCAAAGGUGUCGGCAUGCACAAUUCUGGCGGAUCUAGCGAUGGUCACGCGUCUGGCGGAUUCAACGAGGAAGUCAUAUGGAUCAGUAUUGGCAUGAGCAUAGCCAUCGUCAUUCUAAUCACGAUAGCGUUGUGCUAUUUAGCCCGGCAGCGGUGCAAGAAGCGGCAGGAGAUUACCGUCCGCACCUAAUGCGGCGGCACUGCGCGGCAACCACGUCUGCACAACAACACGUUACGAUACGUCGUGUCAUGUUCUAGCGACCCGGCGAAAACGUUGUUCUUCUGCGGAUGACGUGCCGAUAAAACCCAACACCUCCCCAUUCGCGUUUCAAAAUCCGUUUCACCCCCGUAGAUAAUCGUUAAAGUUAAGUGUUUGGUAACAGACCGCCGACUCCGUGACACGACUACGUUAUUUUAACGUACGACAAACGCCGCCGCUAAUAGCGACCGUAACUGUCGCAGUUGUCGCGUUUAUUUCAUUUUUUUUUUUUUUUUAUUUUAACGCAAUGCUAUUAUGGCACGUAUCUCGUAAGGGUUUCUUAGCCUUUUUUGCGUUGCAACUGUAACAAUGUUCGAAGGAUAGUGUCCAUUCACUGCCGCGGUCAUCACCAACCGAGGAAAAAGUUUUAUGGUCUGAUUUUCAAACGCAAUAAACAGUUUUUCUCGAAAAUCCUACCGAAGGUAUUUUUAUUAUUCUUUCACUCGCCAAAGAUCUACAUCGCUUCUCCAUCCAUAACUCCGCUGAUAGAACAGAUUGGGUGUACAGUCACUCCGCCAUAUCGAAUCUCCCAUAACAUAAUUUGGCACUGCUACGACAUGUCGUGCUGCACGUGGGGAUUUAUUACGAAGAUGUUUAGAAGUUAUAUAUAUAUAUAUAUAUAUAUAUAUAUAUAUAUAAAAGUGUGGUUUAAUCGCCGCGAAGAAUUCAAUAAUUAAAAUUUUAUUCUAUAAUAUAUUAUUAAGAGGAUGUAAUAAAGUAGUAAUAAAGGCAUAACAAUUCAUUUUACUCAGGACUAAAUCAUUUCGUGCAAAUUCAUGGUACAGGCUCCUUUAAUUUAUUUUUUUUUUUUAAAAAAAGAAGAGAAAAUAAUCUAUGAUGUAACGUUUUUAUUUUUUAGUUAAUAAAAAUGGAUUCGAAGUUAUGAAUAUGUUAACAUUUGUAACAUAAUUAAGUUCUUUAUUUAAAAUAUUGCUAAAAUAAGUUAUCGAAAAAAUAAAAACGCUACAUUAUACUUAAUAAGCUUAUUAGUACUCUAACCUAUUUUUAAAACAAAAAAAGGAACCUCAAGUAUGAAUUGGUACUGAAUGGCUCUAUCCCACGCAAUUUGGUUUUUCUGCAUUAAAAUCCUAAAUAAAUAAUUUAUUUAUAUUAUAAAUAUUAAUAAUAUAUUAAUAACAGUAAUUAAUUCAAUUUAUAGAUCAACGAUCAUGAUCAUUCGUCAUAUACUUACAUGUAUGCGUUCGUGCUGUAGAUCAUCGGUAUAUAGAACGUUAAGCUUGAGACACACUUUUGAGUAUCAUGUCUUCUUAAUACAUAAUAAAUAAUAUUGUAUUCAUAAUAAUUAUUGUAACAGUACGAAUAUAACAACAUUAAAAUGUAUAUAGCAGAGACGGGAACCUUUUAAAUGAUAGGAACCGAUACCGGGACCGAAACCUUUAUUUUGAUAAAUUAAAUAUCGGAACAGAACCGGAAUUUUUAAAUUAUAAAGGUUCUUUUAGGUUCCAAAAUUA